GAGGCACAGCAAGUGGUUAGGAAGCUCCAAGAAGCGUGGGAAACAGCUCGUACAAUCAUGAAGGAAGCGCAGGACAAGAAGCGAAGAGAUAUUGAUCCCCACCGACGUGAAGUAGACUUCAAGGUAGGAGACAGAGUCUGGGUGGCUACAAGAAAUUGGAAGACCGAACGCCCAAGCCGCAAGCUAGACCAUCAGAUGGCAGGCCCGUACGAAGUAAUUCGACAAGUUGGACACUCUUACGAAGUCAAGUUACCAGCUUCAAUGAAGAUACACCCAGUGUUCUCAACAGACCGCCUACGAAAAGCUUCGGACGACCCUUUAGCUGGACAGAUAAAUGAACCACCUCCGCCUAUACAGGUUACAGACGACGAGGAGUGGGAAGUGGAAGAGGUAAUUGCAGUCAAGAGAACAAGGAAAGCACUAUAUUAUAGGGCAAAGUGGACAGGGCAUGACGAGGAUCCAGAAUGGUAUCCGGCGUCCGACUUCAAGUAUUCGCCACACAAACUUAGGAGCUUUCACUUACAGUACCCUGCAGAACCAGGACCCCCGCGUCGACUACAGGAGUGGAUUAAGGCUUGGGAGGAUGGACUAGAUUCGUACGAACAAUUGGACGACAAUACAGAGAUGCCUACAAGCUUGAGGGCAAGCUUUUUUCAAAGGGGGGGGUAAUGUGACGGUUCAGACCGUCACGUGCUACCUAUCACGUGGUGUCGCUUAGCGACCCACACCUUGUAUUUAGAUCGAAGCUCUCUCGAGCUCUCCUCUUCUCCUCAGCUUAGAAUCCUCGUAUUUGACAGUUUCUACGAUUCCACCUCUCCACCGUGGGCCUUGCGUACGUGUCGUCACAUAACCUGCCUACGUAGAGUCUACGAUACUAGAAAUUCGGCAACCAGGUCUCGCUUAUUCUACUUGAAUCAGAAAUCUGUUAUGUUGACAAGCGCCAAAUGUCCUGGGAUUCGAAAGUUGUCAUUGGCAAUCUGUGCAGUACGAUUGGUGGACUUGCAGCCAAAAUUCCAGGGGUUCCUUCUCCAACCGAGCACCGCGUGAGAGGGUACGAGGCGAUUGGUACGAUUAGUCAGAAAUGAUUGGACACAAACAAAAGCAGGCCUCGGUUAGCUUUUGUGGCCCAGCGUGCUACUGGUAGUAUGCUCCAGAUGAGUUUUUCAAACAUUCUAAGAUGAACUUAAAACGUAUGCGUAGGAUUUCUCGACGAAUUCUUCCAUUUCAUCUGAAGUCCAGGACACCAAACUCAAACCAAGUUGAUCUCUCCGUGCCGCUUUUGUGGAAAGCCACGCGACAUUGUGGCGUUUUCGAAAUCAGCACUUGUCCUGAUUUGGGGUAGCAUGAUGUUCGCUUCUCCCAUCCCAUCCUCCCCUCUUCCCCGAACGUCUCUGACAACCAACAUUUCCUUUCUUGGGCGACCAUCUCUCCUUGGGUGAUAUACGGGCUUGGUAGCAAACCUUUUUUUUCCCCCAUGCUUUUUCCACAGUUUCCAUGCAGUGACUCAAUCCGUCGCUUCUGCAUUCGUUCAACGUCGUCGCAUGAGCUCGUUCCACUUAGGUGGCCACUUGCUGGGACAGGUAGUGUUAGUCUUCAGCGGACAUAACCACCCAACAGGGGAAGAUUGGUAGUUCAUCCUACAUAAAAUGGUCUUUUGCGGAAAACCAUCCGGCGGCUGUCAUGCUUGCAGGGCACGAAAAACAAGAGUAAGUCGUAUUGGCAUCUACGUCAAGAAUUCUGUAAUCCUGGUACUUGAAGGACAGGCACUUCUUUUGAACCGCCUUUUGUCGUCACGUUUUUUCACUGACCAGCCGCAGUGUGACAAAAUUGAUAUUGCCGAGGGGGGCUGUACACAGUGCAAAAGAGCAAAAAGAACAUGCCCCGGCUAUAGGAUCGCCGGCGAGUUGAUUUUUAGGGACGAAAGUAGCAAUGUCGUUCGGAAAUUCAAAGCCACCGAGGCGCGACAUAAAAAGGCUCUGGCAGGGCGUCGUCAUUUCGCUGCCAGCAGUAGUAGUGCCCAGUCGACCACAAGUAGUCCCCGGGUAUCAGAAAGCGAUCAAGAAGAAAAGUAUCAAUCCGAAAUCUCAGUCACAUCUCCUGAGGUGGUGCAGCAAGAUCAACUUUCCCUCUCCUAUUCACUAGCGCCGAAUCUUGAAGAUAGGGCUACGUCAUUUUUCGCUUUUCAUUAUAUCCUGGAUCCCAAAGGGCCUUCCAAACCGCUCAUGGAUCGAGCCACGGAUCUUUUUCAGAAUCAACAUCUGGAUGAAUCCUUGCUUGCCAGUAUGCGAGCAGUUGGUCUGGCUGCGUAUUCACACACGGCCCAUGCACCAUCUCUCAUGAACAACGCCAAGUAUCAAUACUUGAGAGCAAUACAGUUUACCAAUGCCGCUAUUCGCAAUCCAGAAGAUGUGAAGAAGGACAGUACACUGAUGGCGAUACAGAUUCUCGCUAUCUUUGAGACGGUGACGGGAUGUCGACAGCGCUCGCUGAAGGAUUGGAUAGAACACGUGUAUGGGGCAGCGGCAGUCAUCAGACUUCGCGGACCUGAACAAGUGCAAACUUUAGGUGGUCGGCGAUUAUUACUACAUGCAGUAUCUAAUAUUCUCAUUAAUUGUGUGUAUCGUGGCAUCCGAUUGCCUGAACACCUUCGAGAAUACCUGUUCGAGACUUUCAAACAGUCGGCAGAAAGCCGACUGGAAUAUCUACUGAUGGAUGUCAUGGUUCGUUUUGCGGAUCUUCGUGCCGGUGUUCAAGACGGUUCAGUUACAGGUCUCGCCAAUAUUCUCUCCUCUGCUCUGGAAAUGGACAGUGUCCUUCUGAAACUAUACACCAAUCCUCCUCCUGGUUGGGAGUACAAAACCAUUUUGACAGAUGCGCAAACCGAUGUCAUUUUUGACGGCCGAUACCAUAUAUAUAGCGAUCAUCUGGUAGCACUAAUGUGGAACUGGCUCCGAACACUAAGGAUCAUGUUGAACGGGAUGAUUCGAGAGAUCUUACUUAAUGGAUUCACGGCUACCCCACCACUGUUCACUCAUGUCAAAUAUACGGCUCAAUUUCAGACGGCCACGGAAACGAUCUUUGCUCUCCAAGGGGAUAUUCUUGCAAGUGUCCCACAGCAUGUUGGGAGAGGAAAUCCACCACGGUCGAUGGCAACGCAAGCACAUUCAGAUAAUAUUGAAGAGGUGCCUCCGAUUACUAUGUCGGAAGCGUCGUCUCUCAUCUGGCCGCUGUGGUUUGCUGGAAAUAGUAAGAUAUAUCAUUUCUCACAUCCCAACAGCUACUCUCGAAACAUUGCUGCUUCUACCUCAUGAUUGUUUUCAUAUUAAAUCCUUUUCUAUGCCAUAAUGUUUUUGGCGCUCUUGAUGAGCCUUGUCACCCCACAGUAUGCGAAAUAGCCUUGAAUAAUCGCAAAACUCUCACCAAAAACGCGAGAAAUCAGGAAUCGCCCUUCCUAAUUUCUCGAUUCUUUUCCUCAUACGUUUUGUGGUUAUUCCAGGGUAUUUCGCAGACAAAUUCAUGGAGUAGAUGGGAUAGUGCAAUGCUCAUGUUGCCAUUCAUAUACAUUUAAACUAACUUGAUUACAUAGUGGCCAAUGCAACCGACAAAAUCCGAGAAUUUACCUUAAGAAUUCUCCAUUCUAUUGGAGAUAUACAGGGUGUACGGCAAGCGCAUGUUCUUGCCAACCUGCUGCAAACGAAAUCUGCUAUCCGAGUCUGGGAUAUGCAGAGGGAAACCGCUCACCCCAGUCGAUCAGCGCUCCUCAUCCAAGAUUCUCUCAAAACAAGCUAAUUUUGGAUUCAUGUUGGUUGAAUGAUUCUACGACGACGAGAAGAGCAAUAUAGAGAAAUAGACGAUGGUUGAAUGAAUAGCCACUUAGAUAUCGACUUUCUGGCUAUAACAGGACAGGUCUGUUGAGGAUCUACAUGCUGAGUCUUUGAGACUAAAAGCAGUAGCAGCAACCCAAAUGUGGAAUGUAUCACGAUUUGUAUCACGAUUUGUAUUUGUAAAAAAUACAUAGAGAGAAGCCGCGGCGAGGUUCUCACAAAGACGAAUACGUUACGGAGGUAGAGCCUGUCAUAGUUUGAGCACAGGCUUGAUAUAUCUUGGUGAAGCUUGGACUUGGGUUGACAGAAAACGUACUUUAAUAGCAAAACAAUUAGUUGAUUCUAUAGGGCCUUUAACAUACAGAAAACA